UUGUUUUAUGUAUCACCCUGAUCCUGUAGAAACGUUGUCUCAUUUCACUGUGAGAAAUGAGACAAAAAGCUUCUUGAAUUGACUUGAUUUGAGAUGGGACAAAAGAUUCUAGGUGGCAGUGCUACCUGCUAAGCCACACACACACACACACACACACACACACACACACACACACACACACACACACACACACACACACACACACACACACACACACACACACACACACACACACACACACACACACACACACACACACACACACACACACACACACGCGCGAACAAUUUAGAACAGUAGCAUUUAGGGGUUAGGGUGGAUGAAAACUAAACUAGGAACCCCAGGGUAAACCGACAUGACAUGACACAAAAUGCUAAGGAUCUAACUGGUGCUGUAGCUUUGACUGAUGCUGUAGCUUUGAGGUGGCAAUGUUACCUGCUGUACCACUGGGCAGCAUUUUUACUAGAAUAAAGAAAUUAGAUCAGUCCACACGAAUAACUAGAGAACUUAAAGUGUGGACUGGCUAAGUUGCCCCUAGGUGUGAAUGAAUGUGCAUGCAGUUGUGUGUGGAAAGUGUAAAUAGAGAAAUCUCUUACCUUAUGUCCAGUGUUGUAAAGAUAGGCUCAUGUUUGUGCAAUAUCUAAAUUAGUAGCCUGACAUAUAUACUACAAAUGCAAAUUUGCUUUUCUCUGUUUCAUCGGUUCUUAUACCAGCAUUAAAUCACCAUGCUAUGUCUCAUGGUCUACGUCAAAAGACAUGCCGGUAGUCAUAUUCUCCAGUCUAAAGUGAAUCAUUUUGUGUUUAAUAAAAAUCACAGAUCACACAAAUUUAAAUCACUCAGUCAAUGCAGCGUGACUGUUUAACAGUACUAAAGCUCAUACUUUACCUAUUUAUCACCAUAUAUAUUUAAAGUCAUAUAUAAAAAUGUGUUCAGGCCAUGCUACUGUACAUACUCAGAUCUUUCUAGGGUUGGUGAAUGUUUGUCCACUAAUGUGUUUAUGUCAGUUAAUAAGGAUUAGAGUUCUCUGAAGCUAGGUCAGUCUUACGAGCAUCUGCAGCAUGGCAGUGUGGGAUUACCGUUACUUAGUCCACACACAUGCUGGUACACUGCUCACAUGUCACAUAUGAGGCCAAAGACAGGUGAGUUAUUGCUUGAGGAUUGAUUUUAUAUAUAGCUUUUAUAUGAUAUGCUUUGUAUGUAUUUUGAAUUGAUAAUUGAUAUCCAGUGUUUGAAAUAGAAUAUUCUAGUAAAUAAAAAUAAUAUAAAACUAUAAAAUAAUAAUUCGUUCAGUGCCAGCAAAACCUGUGAAUAUUUGUAUGUUGCAUGUGUCUUGCUAUUCCUAAAACAAAGCAUUUCUUGUCUUCUGUAUAGCUAUUUAUUCCUUAGCAAUGCUGAACACUAGUUAUUACUACUACUGCUUAGAUGUAAGCAUACAUCCAAUUACAUGUAGGUUCCUAUCAACUUGCCUCAGUUAACCUGUAGUUUAGUUUGCUCACUAGCAGUGUAUGGUCUCUGUCCACUCUCUGUCCUCUCUCUGUAUACCCUAUACGUUAUGACCUCGCUGAUUCCAGUGCCAAAGCCCUCAUAUUCCCAGGCCAGGGAAACCCUGGUAAAGGCUAUUCCCCCAAAGGUCAUCUGCUUGCUGGCCUGUGGGGGAAGAGAUUGCCGUUAUGAGGGGCCAGUGUGCUGGAGACCAAGCCAACAGGCUAUUAAGGGCCUCUUCUCUAGUUGGAUGACUGAUGACAUUGUUGCUAUGGCAAGGCCAUCUACCAACCUCAUUAAGGCAUACAACAUAAUAGAUCAGUUUAAAAAGUUGAACAUUAAAUCCAUCAUUAAUAUGCAGCUACCAGGCGAACAUGCUCACUGCGGUCCUGACCUGGAGCCUGACAGCGGCUUCACAUAUUCACCUCAGAUCUUCAUGGAGAAUCAGAUUUACUUCUAUAACUUUGGCAUGGCUGAUUUUGGAGUGUCGCCUUUGGAUGGGAUUCUCAAUGCAGUGAAGGUUUUGGCCUUCUCUGUGCAGGAGGGUAAAGUAGCUGUACACUGUCACGCUGGACUAGGCAGGACAGGAGUGCUGAUUGCAUGUUACUUGAUCUACACAUUAAGGAUCAGUGCUAAUGAGGCUGUGCACUAUGUACGGAUAAAGAGGCCUUCCUCUAUUCAGACACGUGCCCAGCUCAACCUGGUGUUUGACUUUGCAAGGCUCAUCCGCUCCCAGCUGGUGCAGUACCCGAUGCUGAACAUAUGCCAUGGUGCCCCAUUUAGUAUGAGGCAGUAUCUUCAGCGCCAGGCCUUGCUCUUACAUGGAGAAGAGGCCCGAUCUCUUGCACACACACCAAAGAUCUUGCAUUUUCUCUGCAGCCUGCUGACAUCCCUCGCCCAGGGAACAUCCAGUUCUCCAGAAUUUUUUCAGGAACUUGAGAAGAAAGCAGCCAUUUUGGUUCUUCAGCAGGCUGUGAGGAAUAUUUUGGUUCUGCAGCGAUAUUUACCUGUCCUGGUGGAUGGGGAGGAUUCUUGCGAGUCCGUCUCUUCCUGGGACGAGCCUUUUGGAUUUUUAGAAAGGAAAAGAGAAAUGCUUUUGUUCAAGCGCAGUUACAGUGAAUCAGACCUCAGCAAAAUUUCUCUGAACCACGAUAUUAAAUUUAUUCACUGCUCCACACUGUUUGGGAAUGGUGGUAAAGUCAGUAAUGGAAUUGUGAGUCAUAUAAGAAAGGAGGAAUCAACAAAUCCUUCUUUCACUGUCUUGAUAAAUAAGACUUACUGUGCAGCAGACAGACAGACACACAUCCCACCAUUAAAUCAUCACCUUUGUAAGCCUAGUACUGGCAAGAGGGCAAUGUGCAUAAUGAAAACAUCUCAGGGUUUCCCAAAAUUCAGCUCCAAUAUAGAGCUCUGUAAAAAUUACAAGUAUGGAAAAGCAUUAUUAACAUCGAAAGCUGUUGCUAAAGCAAUGGCACAAAAGGAACCCACAGACUGCAAAAUCCAGGAAAGAGCUGCACAAUUACAGGAGGAACUGAACAUCAGUGCUUAUGGAUGGGCCACACUGGCCAUGGAGACCGAACCAAAAGUUCUAAGUACUCUGAUGUGGAUCUGGUUAGAAAAACUAAAGGAUCCUGUGCUGAGUGCAGAUGACAUAAGUAAACUAACAAGUACACCUGGCCCAAAUCCCCUAAAAAUGCUGCACAAGUCUCAGCGUAGCACUCUGUGUUGUUUGCUGAGCUGUGUGUCCCAGGUCACGUCUCACUGUCCACACUUUGAAAACGCAAUCCUGCAGAAGCUUAUCAAGGCACUGACCAGGUACCUUACAGAAGAAACAGAGAGCUACAACACAUUGAUGAAGGUGUUUAGAACCAUAGUAAGAGAUAUGCAAAGUCUCUCACGCUUCUACAUGGCUACAGGGACAACGUCGGCAAUCGGGAAAAAAUCUUAAAAGUGCUGUAACCAAAUGGACAAAAAAAUAAAUAAAUCUAUUAACAAUA